UCUCAGGGCAGGGCCUGGGCCCUCGGGGACUAUGGCGGGCUGUGCCGACGGGCAGAGGGGACAGCUCCCCUCUCCCAGGUCGGUGGGCUCUGCCCCCCUGGACCACUCCACCCUCACCAGGGUGGCCCCUCAUCUCCCCUGGCUGACAAUGGCCCCUGGGUCACCAAUGAUGUCACUGUGGACAUUGUGACCCCUGCCCCAGGGGACUCCCUACAGCCCUGCUCUGCCCAGGCCUUGAAGCCAGGCCUGCCCUGCAAGGAGCUUCGGCCCUGUGGCAUCAGCACCUACUGCAGGAGCAAGGGCUGGCAGCGCACCCAGGACAGCCGGCGGGAGGACUACAGGCUGAAGUGGUGUGGGAUCAAGUGCCGAGAGAGCUACCACAGCUUCCGGGAAGGCCAGCAGCUGUUAUUCCAGCUUCCCAACAACAAGCUGCUCACAACCAAGACUGGGCUGCUUAGUGCCCUACGGGAGCACGAAAGGACCCUGGGCGAGGUGACCCGGAUGCCACUGGCUGCCCAGGCCAGGGUGCUGCAAAUGGAAGACUUUUUCCCCGAGACCUACCGCCUGGACCUCAGUGAUGAGCGGCAGGCUUUCUUCACCCUGUUUGAUGAAACCCAGCCGUGGAUCUGCAAGCCCACAGCCUCCAACCAGGGCAAGGGCAUCUUUCUGAUCAGGAGCCAGGAGGACCUCACCGCUCUGCAGGCCAAGAUACACAGCUCGGAGGACGGUGCCCUUCACUGCAAGAUGUCCUUCGGGGGCCCUCAGGCACGGGUGGUGCAGAGGUACAUCCAGAACCCACUGCUGCUGAAUGGAAAGAAGUUUAACGUGCGUUCCUACCUGCUCAUCGCCUGUGCUGUGCCCUACAUGGUCUUCUUUGGCCACGGCUAUGCUCACCUCACCCUCAGCCUCUACAACCCCCACUCCAGUGACCUCAGCAGCCAUUUGACCAACCAGUUCAUGCAGAAGCAGAGCCCCCUGUACAUGUCGCUGAAGGAGGACACAGUGUGGAGCAUGGACCAUCUCAACUGCUACAUCAACGACAAGUUCCAGAGGACCAAGGGCCUCCCCCAGGACUGGGUCUUUACCACCUUCACGAAGCGGAUGCAGCAGAUAAUGGCCCACUGCCUCCUGGCAGUCAAGUCCAAGCUGGAGUGCAAGCUGGGUUACUUCGACCUCAUUGGCUGUGACUUCUUGAUCGAUGAGAACUUCAAGGUGUGGCUGCUGGAGAUGAACUCCAACCCCGCCCUGCACACGAACUGUGACGUCCUGAAGAAGGUGAUCCCCAGCGUGGUCAUGGAGACCCUGGUUGAGCCCGCACCUUCCCGCCUGCGCACCUGGCGCUCGAAACUUCCCAGAAGAGCCUGCGAGGCCAGAAGAUGCUGCCCCUGCGCUCGCAGCGCCGCUUCGCGCUUCUGCACAACGGCGAGAAGGACCUUCAACCGCGCCUGCGCCCGUGCCCCGAGGCUGCGCGCGCCCGGCCCCUCCCUGGCCCCGCCCCCGGCCGCCAGGUCCCGCCCCCGCGGAUCCGCCUGCGGAGCGGAGAGCCGCAGGCUACCGGGGCUUCUAGCGGGCCGCGUCUCCCGAUCCAUAAAGGCUCUUUGCGACAAGGCGUCCUCGGCAACGUCCCGGGGCCCCGGGCUUCCCCUCCGCCCACCACCGUCCUUAGGGGGCAGAAGAGCGAGGGAGGUUGGGCUAGCCCCUGGGGUCCCAGGCGCCCCGCCCCAUGUCCUCGGCCUCUCCGCCCCAGGAUCUGCUCGGCCUCUCGCGAGGAUCCCCUCUCGCGAGGGGCCCCUCGCCAUCGCUCCUCAGUGCGCGGGGCUCACUCCACCCUGCCCAGCCCAGCAGACAGGGCCUCUCUCCCGACCAGGGUCGCUUUCCCGCGAACCUUGGUGCCUGAGCGGCACAGUGAGGACAGAAUGGUCCCUGGAAGGCGUUGAGCUCCCAGGCAGAACCUUGCCAGGCCCCUAAGUGUCCAGGGCUCCACCAGUGAUCCUGUCACACCCCCGCCCCUUCAUUGCCCCUGCCCUGGCUUCCAGAUGCACACCCCAGCGUGUGCGCUUUCUCCAAGCCAGGGCCAAGUGGAAAACUCCCCCUGCCCUGCCCGCCCUUCCACUAGCCCAGGACGUCAGAGCCAAUCCGUCCCAGCGGAGAGGAGCUGGAGGACCCCAUCCCGCUCUUGAGACAGGGAGGCGUCAUUUCCAGCAUGCGACAGUCUGGCACCAGGAGAGGGCGCCAUCCACCGCGGUGUCUAGUGGCACACACGGCACGGACAGAGGGAACUGGGGCCCAGACCCAGGGAUCCCAGAGCCUCUGGGUGGGCCAUGGGCACCCCACACACAGCCCUCCCAGACAGUCCUGUUGCCUGCCUGGGAGCCCACCAAGGCAGGGAGGGGUAGAGACCAGCCUCUGGGGCUGGGGCACCACACCCACCUCUGGGAUAAGGGUCACCCUGCUGUCCUCACCCAGGGCUGCUGCUCAGCCAUGUCACCUCGGGGUCACCCUUACCCUCUCUGCUUUUGCCACCCUGAGACCGCAGGCCUCUGUGCUGCACAGGCCUAUGGCUCCUCUCUCGGUGUCCCUCUGGGUCAGCAACACUGUGGCCCAGGAUCCCAGCUCUCCGCACGGGCCACGUGGGGCUCUGGCUUCCAGUUCAUGGGCAUCGAGAUGUCAGCAGGAGUGAUCAGGCUUUGUCUGCUGCUCUGGGGACAGGGAGCCUCCGCCACAAGAUGUGACAAGAAGUCCCCGAUGGCAGUGGCCUGCCCUGUGCUUUGGAGACCCCGCCCAGCCCAGGACCCCCCAGACCUGAACUGUGUCUGCUGUGCCCACAUUCCUGUCACCCCCAGGAACUGAAAUGUCAAUAAAGUUUCCCAGAGA